CCGCACAACACUCGAGUCCAAGAACAAAAUGUGCGCUUUCAUUCACUCGACACAUUUCAAGCGCGCCCUGCUGCUUCUUCUUUUGAUGAUAGUGGCGGCUUACAGCAAAUUCUGUGUUGAGGACGAUUGCAGCGCUCAAAGAUGGCAGCUAUACAAGAUUGAAUAUAAAAAACAAUACAACUCGAACCUCGAAGACGCCCAUCGUCGCAUUAUAUUUUGCAAAAACCUACGCAUGAUAGAUGCCCACAAUGAACGCUAUAAGAGAGGUGAGGUGACUUUCGAGAUGGGCGUUAAUCAGUUUGCCGACAUGAGUCAUGAAGAAUUUCUCCGCUGGCUGCAUACCGGUAGUAGAGAUAACGGCAGUAUACUUUCAAGUUUAUAGAUCAGUAUUGUAGUGUUGGUGCGGCUAGCUAGAAACGUACUAAGUUAUCUAUAUUUAUAUUUAUAUGGAAGUGUUUAUACAAUAAAUAAACAUGAAUAAACUAUUUGUGAAUAUA